UUUUCUUGGAGGUGACCUAGAAUGAUGCAGUUGCUGCGGGAAGUCCUGGCUGAUCCUGAGGUGCAGCGGGGUCUGAUACACAAUCCAGCCUCUUUCAGGUUUCCAAGCAGUCCGGCAGUGGUGGCAGCGGCAGUACACUGGCCGCCACAUAUAACGGUAUCCCGAGGCACCGAUGGUGUCCUUACAGUCUCGGGAGCCAUGGGAAACGUGAUGCAAGUGCUGUCUCAGACCCUUAACUUCACAUACAGCAUAAUAACACCCGAAGAUGGGUCCUGGGGUGCCGAGCGUCCCAAUGGCACCUGGACGGGCAUGGUGGGCCAAGUAAUUCAAAAUGAGGCGGACAUAGCCUUGGGUCCCUUCGGCAUCAAGCUGAGCAGAAGCAGAGUGGUGGACUUCACCGAUUCUUUUUAUUUCGAUGACCGAGCUAUUCUGGCUAAGAAAGGAGAGCCAGAAAUUGACCCCUGGGGUUUCCUGUAUCCUCUGACGGACUCAGUGUGGGCGGCGCUGGCAGGCGUUCUGGCGGUGGUGUGGCUGACGCUGUGGAUGGUGAGUCGCCGCCCCAAAGUUGUUACUCUCCUGGACUGGUCUAUAAAACUGCUACUAGAGAAUAUGCGUGUCUUUCUCAAUCAAGAUGUAACGAAGUCACUGUUGGACACGAUAAAAGCUCGCACUGUGUUAGGAUCGUGGAUGGUGGUGGCAGCUGUGGUGUUCUGGAGCUACACAGGCACCCUCACCUCCCUGCUGGCGGUGCGGCACAUCCCUUUACCCAUCCAGACACUCAGGGACCUGCUCGAUGACUCCUCCGUGUCUGUCAUAAUGGAACCAAAUACCAUCGUCACGGACACCAUUUCAAAAAUGAAGACCGGUGAACUGCGGGAACUUCACGAGCUUCAGUUUGUGGGUCGCGUGAAGUACCAACACGCCACCACCUUCCCUGCCGCGCUGGACACAGUGGUCCGCCGUCAGCGCCAUGCUAUCAUCUCCACCAGUCUCUCUGCUGAUCUGUUUAUGGCUGACCUCUUCAUUCUAACUGGGAAAUGUGACUUCUACAAGGCGAGACAGACCUUCUUCACCUCCACCCACUGCAUGAUUGGCCAGAAGGGCAGCCCCGUUGUGCCGGCCAUCACACACAGGAUCCGCUCCCUGAUCGAGUCUGGCCUGUACGGGUACUGGCUGCUGAGCGAGAUUCCUGCCAUCACCACCUGCCGCUCCUCGCCUCCCAUCACUCUCGUGAGGGCGCCGCUGUCCUUCGCCAACCUGUGGGUAAGGCGCACGCCACGCGGCCUUCUCAUGCUGCCUCAUGACUUUGUGACGCAGUGUUUUACAGAACGCUUAGUUGUGGCUACGUUGUAACGGUUAUCAUUAUUAUUGUCACUA